GAGUCGUUAGCCGUGUAUUGAGUGAACCGCGACCUCCGAUAGCGUUGUGACUUUAUUGUGAUGGAUGUGAACUGAACCAUGGAAGAGGAGUCGAUGUCCGGGCACAGCUGUUCCGAGGACGAUAUCAGCGUGGGCCGCCCCUCGCCGGCGCCGUCGCGCUCGCCGUCACCUCAAGAUUACUUCAGGCCGCUGAAGCGCUUGAAGAUGGCUUCGGAGCCGGUGGAGGAGCGACGGGGGGAGGGCGUGAAGAGUUUCUCUAUUCUGGACAUUUUGUCUCACAGUCCUAGGACUCCGCCUCGUAUAGUGCGUCCAUGGGACGCGUCUGGUUUGGAGCGGUUGCAGCGGUUGCAGCGGCUAGCGGGCGCGGCACUGCUGGACGGCGAACGGUGGCGGCUGGCAGCGCUGGGCUUGCUGCGGCCACGUGAACCAGACUGUGAUUCCGCCUCGGAGCGCUCCUCAUCCGCCUCCGACUGCUGCUCGGAGCCGCGCCGACCGCACACCUCCACCGCACCGCACACGCCGCUCGACGCGCUAUUCCACAUGACCAGCAAAACAUUCGAAGCCAACAGUACUGACAACGGAGAUGGUCAGUCAAAUCACCUUAACUUAUUCAACUCGAGGCCGCAGCCGAAAAAGAAACGAAAAUCGAGAACAGCAUUUACUAAUCACCAGAUAUUCGAACUGGAGAAACGAUUCCUAUAUCAGAAAUACCUAUCUCCCGCGGAUAGGGACGAAAUAGCCAGCUCUCUCGGCCUAUCCAACGCACAAGUCAUAACGUGGUUCCAAAACCGACGAGCAAAGUUGAAACGAGAUAUGGAGGAAUUAAAAAAGGACGUCGAGAGCGCUAAAGUCCUAUCUGCACAUAAAACCUUUUUGGAGAACGUAACAGAUUUGGGUAUAUUGAAGAAGAAAGCAAUGAGUAUAGGUGCAAGCGAGGAAGCCGCGACCAAUCUUGUGGUGAACGCGUCCAAAUGAAACGAGGCAGCGCGCUCGAUCGCACCCGACAGCUACGAUCGAAGCGUGCUCGAUUUUUAAAUCGAUAAAGACUAUAAAACGAGUGAUCGAUUUUAAAACAACAGACUCGAGUGGCGUUAUAACUUAAAAAGUUUACCGAUACUGG